UCUACCGUUGAAAUUAUGCAAAUGACGCCGGACGUGCAGGCAGCUGAGGACAGACCAGCGUACUCCAAAAUGGCGAACCGCAAAAAGGAAGUGGAAGAGGAGAUUUACGACAAGGUCGUGGACCUGACAGAGUAUGCCAAACGUCAGCGAUGGUGGAACCGCCUUUUCGGAAACAGCUCCGGACCAGUAGCAGAGAAAUACUCCGUGGCCACACAGAUAGCCAUAGGGGGAGUGAGUGGAUGGUGUGCAGGAUAUCUCUUCCAGAAGGUUGGAAAAGUUGCAGCUACAGCUGUAGGGGGAGGCCUCCUGCUGCUGCAGAUAGCUAACAAUAGUGGCUACAUCCAAGUGGACUGGAAGAGAGUAGAGAAGGAUGUCAACAAAGCCAAGAAGCAGUUAAAGAAGGGCACCAAUCAAGCCGGCCCAGAACUAAACACAUUUGUUGAGAAGUCCACAGAGUUUGUGAAGAAAAACAUUGUUGUCACAAGUGGUUUCGUUGGGGGAUUCCUGCUUGGCCUGGCAUCUUAGGGCCGUAUUUCUGUAUUUCUUUGAUGUCAUGACGAACUGUAGGUAAAAAGUAUAAAUCAUUGCUGGAUGGUUUUUAAGUGUUUUGACAGUAAGCAGCCUGUUUCAGAUUAGCUUGCAGCUAUGUGUCUCGAGCUGCACAUAAUUUCGUCUACUUUAAUACUGUACCUCCAUGUGACAAGUCAAUAUGGAUGUGGGACAUCUUGGUUAGACGAAGAAUGGCUAUUGCAAAAUACACCAAAAUACUCCACUUUAAAGGUAAAAAAUUAUACAUAUCAUACAAAAUUCACAAAAAUGUAAAGGUUAUCAGAGUGUUGUAUUUUUUUAAUUUAUUUAUUUUUACCAAACUGACAUUGUACCAGAAGGAAAAAUGAUGUAUUGUUUUUGUGCGCAAUGAAGCCAAGCCAAGUGCAAAUAGAUUCAAAUUCAUCUCGAAAUGGCAGAUGGUGCCCAUAGGAAUCCAUCAAUGCCAGUGUUAUAUUUUCCAAUUCCAGACUUAAUCAUCUUCAGGGUUAAAACUUGGAUUUUAUGCUCAAGUGCUGACUGCUGUUGGAUUGUUAUGCCCUUUUAGAAGGGCUACAUGUUUGAUGGGUUAUGUUAGCCACCCCUGCAUCUCUUUUUUACUUAUUUUAUUUAGCCAUAAAUGUAUGCUUUCGGUACUGAGGGCUGUGGUUUGUCUACUCUGUAUGUUUGAUGAACAAAUAAAAAAAAAAAUCAGUCUAA